UGCGGACCGCAAGAUCAUGACCUGAGCCUCAGUCGGUCGCUUAUCCACCUGAGCCACCCAGGUGCCUCAAGAGUUGCCACUUCGAAAGCCUCAAGCUCCAAAGGCAGUUUGCAAAAAUCUGUGGCACAGAGAGCUUUUCCUCUUGUGCUAAUUUGAUGCUGCACUUUCACAACCCCUCUCCCUUUCUUUCCCUUUGUCUCUCCAUAGAAAGGGCUCCCUCUCCUUCAUAGCUCCACCAUUGUAUUUCCCCCAACACACAUACAUGCGCCCCGCACCUGCCAAGUUGUCUCCCUCCGGCUGCGGAGAUCCUUCUGCCAUUCCGCAGAUCGAUUUCCUGGGUGUUCCAAGACAUCAAUUCAGCUCUGUGUGAGGGAUGAGGAAGGUCCAGGUCCCCCUACUUCCCCACCAUCUUAACACCCUCCAGAAAGGUUUAGCUGUAGUUUUAUUCAUAUUGUUCUAGAGAACUCUUUUUUCCUAACACUAUUUGCCCAGUUUGCUGAUAAUGGGGAUUAGGAUUGUUUGCAGAUUUCGGUUAAUAUGAACAGUGGUGCAGUUGAGCUUUCUUAUAUGUGUGUCUUCAGAUGGGUGACCAAGCAUUGCUCUAGAUGUGUGGCAUCUGGAAGUGUCAGUGUGGGUCAGUGUCUCUAGAUAAUGUCACACUAUUAUCAAAGUGAUUUGAGCAUGUAGACUGGCAGCAGUGAGUGAGGCCAGGGAAGGAAAGUGUGAUUAGCAGGUCUUUAAUUCCCUCCAUCUUCGGGACACCCAGAGUACAGUGUCUUUGCCAGUUUUCCCCAUAACUCUCGGGAUGGGAUCUAACUGGUAUGGGAAUAGCUGAGAAAGUUGAAAUCUAAGAAUGUUUUUUAGCAGGAGGGAGAGUAUCUCUUAAGGCUGAACAUGGUAAAUUAAACUUAAAGUACAGAUCUAUGAGAAAGAGCCACAAACCACCCACCAACUUCUUUCCAUUUUUCUUAAUGAUUAUUUUAACUCUCCUGGUAAAGCCAAAAUCAUUUGGAACUUAAAUGCAAAGACUAGUUGAAUUUAAAUAAACCAUGUACAUUUUAAUGAAGAGAGAUAAUUUUUUAAAUUGAGUACAUCAUUAAAACCUAUGGAUAUAAACUGUACAGUGUUUUAGAGGAUUUGAGUUUUUUCCCCUUAGCCACAUUAGAAGUUUGGUAGAAUUAGGUUGCUCUCCUUUAUAUUCAAGCUAAAGAUUAGAAUGUGCCAAAAAAACCCCCAAGAUUAGAAUGUGCCUAAUUAUUAGCACUGUGAUCCCAUAUAACUUGGUCAUGAAUGAAAUUAAUGAGGAAUUCAUUCACAUAUUAACAUUUCAAAUUAAGUAACUGAAUGGAAUCUUCCUUACAUCUUUAUAUGUAAAUAUUUUGGAUAGUUGUAAGGGAAAAAUCUUGUGUUUUGCAAAACAUCUAGGUCAUUCACAGAUGGGAGCUAAGGUAGCUGGGAAGGUCUAGGGAAUUAUUGUCUUCUGACAGAUAUGUGAACUAAUAGGAGACACAGAUUAGGUCUCCUCUGACAUUGUCUUCCAUAGUCAUUCUCCCUGAGGAUUGCCAUCUCUCUACAGCUCAGUGACAUGGGCUCAUUAAGAGUGUGGGGCACCUGUUCCUCAGAGAUGUCAGCGGGGGAAGGGAUUUGGUUCUCUGUGCCAGCCCAGCCCCAGCUCAGAGGGGCUCACAGCACCCUCUCACCUGCUCAUAAGAGUCUCAGUGUCACACAGGCAGGUCAUUGUAUUUGGGAAACCAUACUGAGAGUUUGUGACUGCCUUCAUCUUCUACCUCCUUGAGGCAAAGUGCAGAUCUCUGGUACCACAUGGGGAUCUGUGAAGUCAUCCUGAGAAAGUGUCCUUUUGCUUAAGAAAAACAUACGGAUGACCCAGUGCUGGUAUAGUCAACCUUUGCAUUUACUGCAGACACUGAUUCUACAUGGCCAAAUUAUAAUUUCCAGUAGUAUAUUUAGGCAGUAACUUGGAAAUGAGGCAGGGAAAUAGCUUAGAUCCCACAGAGAAGGUCAAAUAAGGUGAAUGAAAAGGAACAAGGCUCUGUGUUGCUUUUAGAAUUGGGAAGUUAAAUUAUUUUCCGUUGCAGUUGUUCUUGAAAUAAAAAGGAUGUAUUGGUUUGCAUAUGUGAUGAAUUGUUUAAAGGAACAGACUAUGAAAAUUCACCAAAGAGAAGAACUAAAAUUAAUUAUUUAGUAUAGACAUCAAUACGUCGUUCCUAGACAUUUCCUUCUAUGUAGUACAUUCAUUACACCUCUGUAGGCACAUGUGGGAAUUAAUUUAAAUAUGCAUGUGCAGUGGUAAUAAAAUAUGCUCUUUAUGCAUAUGUGUGAAACUAUUAGACUAUAUGUUUCCAUGCUAUCCCUUGGUUCCUUAUUGGCUGUGAAAUGACAUAAUAUUUGUUGUGUAAUUAGAAACUCGUAAAUGCUCAUUUUCUCCAUUAUUGCCAAAAUAUCUAAAAUAUGUUGGGAGUUUUGAAAAUGCUAUCUUGAAAAUUACAACAGGGAAGUUCCAUCUUGUGAAUAUUGUGUCAGUGCAUCUUGUUUUUAACUUUAUUGUUAACAAGAAGUGAUGAUCUUUCAUGUGAAUACAUACACCAAUAUGAAGAAGACAAAUGUAGGAAAUCUGAAUGUUCACUUAAUUGGUGAGUUAAGCCAAUGACAAGUUGUGUGUGUGUAUGCAUGUGUGUGUGAUUGCACUGAGGUCAUGUGUAAAGUACACUAGGUUCUGUCCCUCUAUCCUUGCACACAAUCAUGAAUGGACUCUUGUAUGAAUGCUGUUGGUGACCUGCUAGACGCUCUUUACUUUACCUACUAGGGCUCCAAUCACAACCCUAUUUGUUAUGAGUGUGGGCUCCAAGGUUCACAGCCAUUCCCUUCUUGAGAGAAUUGCCCUCAGCUGAAAGGGAGCUAUGGCGCCAGGUGAUCUGGAGAGCAUGGUAGGGGUGACAGACUUAUGGGAUGUACAAUAGGUGCCAACGCCAAGGCAGGAUUGAAUCUGAUUCAAUUCAUGCUCCAGAGCUGUGCUGCCCAAUACAGUAGGAUGUACCCACAGAAAACUAUUUAAAUUUAAAUUCUUUAAAAUUAAAUAAAAUGUAAAAUUUGGUUUCUUAGCUAGGGCACUUUAAAUGCUCAUGUAGUGAUAGGUGGAUAGUAGCUAUCAUAUUGGACAAUGAGGACAGAGUAUUUCUACCAUCACAGAUGGAUGGUUCUGCUGGAGAGUUCUGGCCAGCUUCUCAAGGGAUCAGGCUCCUGCUCUGUUCCACUGGAGACCACAUCCUUGCUUAGGAACAUUCUCUGCUGUCUUCCUUCCCUCACCCCAUUUAUCCCAAGAGCAUUCCCUGAAUAAACAACAUGCAGUGGAAAUCCUACUUCAUUGUCUUCUUCCAUAGAACCUGCCCUACAGCCCUGUCAGUGUUCAUCACAUGUGUCAUUUCCUAUGUAGUGAUGGCUGCAUUCCCCUCAUUUGCUCGUCCUCCAUAGUCAUUGGCAGCCUGUUCUCGUAUGUCUGAGGUCAGCUCAGACCCAUGAGACAGAAGCAUCAUGAUAGCAAUAGCGAUUCAGUCGUAGUGCUGAGGCUGCGGAAAUCUUGCCUGCUCUUUUUCAGGAUUCAUUCAGAAACUGGAUAGGGUAGCGUCUGUAUGUCAAAUAUAUCAGUGAAUGUUAUAUAUUUGAAAUGUCUUAAAUAGAGACAUUAUCUUGAGAUCUUUUGUGUCUAAAAUGUGUAGUGUUCAUACCGAGCAUCUAUUUGUGUGGAAAUAUGGAUCCUUGCACUAAAAUUUUUAGUUUUGUGUCAGCAUUGAUCACUUAUAUUAAUCACUUUAUCUCCUUAUGUAUGUCAGUGGUAAGCAUUUAACCUCUUUCAUUAUAUGCCUAUCUUCUUAAUUUUUAUUGUAAAAUUGUGUUCUUGUGAGAUGUCAUUUCUCAUUAUAUCCUUUUUUGGAUGUAUAUUAUUAUAUAUAAAGCUAUCUUUUCUUUUACAAUCUUUUUUUCACCUAAUAAUGUGUGCUUUUUUUCAAGUAUUUAAUUUUUGUAUGUGAAGUUAAAAUUUAGAUGUGAUUUUUAUAACUAGACAUUGUUGUUUCAUAUUGUAUCAUGAUAGUUGCAUCCACAUUUGUUUAUAUAUGUAUAUGUAUAUGUAUAUAUAUAUAUACAUAUAUAUAUAUUAAACACACACGUACACACACACACACACACACACACACAAAUCCAUACACACAUAUAAUCCCAUAAAGCAGCAAAUCAUUUUACAAGUUCAUCACACCACAGUUUUAUUUUUUCUCAACUGCCUUCUUAGUCUUUAUUGAUAUAACGUUAAAAUAUAUCAUUAUUUUAUUCUAAUAUUGCAUUGUUAUAUUGUUGUUUUACUUGGAUGAGUUAGCAUUUUAUGUUUGCCCUCCUUCACUUUGGUGGGUGCUUCCACUAAUAGGCACAUUGAAAAUUUUGUCUGUAAUUGAUAUCACAUAAAUAUAUCUAUUGAUAUCUAUAUAGACAUCUAUCUAUAUCUAUAUCUAUAUCUCCCUAUGUCUAUGUCUAUAUCUAUAUUUGUACGUGUCUGCAUGACACUAAACCACUGUGUGUUUCUAUUGGUCUUCUGAGCAGGUGUGAGUCAGGUGAUAUUCUCUUGUGUUGCAGAUUUGACUGUCUCAAACACCUGUGUAAUUAAUUCUAUUAAGAAAUUUUUUGUGCAUAGAUUUUGUUUAUCAUUGAUAAACAGAUAUCACUGAUAACACUGAUCACAUCUUUAUAGGAAAAGGAGGUAUAAAAUAGGGUGAAAUAUCACAUCCUUUUUCACAUAUGAUGAACAUUUAUGCCAGUUUUGUACCAAUUUCUUUCACCCAUCAGUGUGCCUCCCCGCGGUCAUGCUUUGGACUUAAAACAUCUUCGAAGAAUAAAAAAUGUACCGUAUUCCCAAUGAUUUGAACAUGAUAGAACUGAAAUGUUCAUUUUCUGAUUCCUUAUGGCCAGCGUAUAACUAGUCGUCUUCUUCGGCGGUAAGCAUUGGAUGAAAAGGGUCAUCAACUAGCCUUAUAUUUGGCAAUGUAUUUGGUCCAGUGUCACUAAUUCUGCAAGGUAGCUUCCAGAAAGGUGACAAUUAACCUAAUAUGGACGGACAUCUGAGAUCGUGUAUAAUCCCAAAAUAACGUUUCAUUUAUGCCUUUCCUUGUAUACAUUAAGUGUUGCAUUAUAGUGCUUUGAUCUGUCAUUGCUUUUGAGAAUGUUUCUGUCCUUAUAUCCGUGUGUGUAUCUAUUUACUUAUUUUAUCAUAGGAAGUGAUGUAAAGCAUUACAGUCUGUCAAAAUUAUAUGGUUGGAUAACUUUUAAAAGUUUAUUCUGAUUAGAAUGUUGAUACUGAAUAAUCCUACAUCUUUCAGGAAUUUUACAGAGUCUAGUUGGUGUAAUGUGUGAAACAGAAAUCUGAAGAAGGAAGAGGAAAAUGUUGGGCACUGGAUUUUGGAGUUCUGAUUCCAACAGACUCUGUACAGCCACUGAAAUUUUGGAGUUUUAUUAAUUGGUAUGGUAAUUUUAAGCAUCUUUAGGACAAAAGUUAAGCACUGUAAUUGAAUGGUGCUAUUUUCUGGUUCUCUCUGGUUAUUUAUUUUAUUGCCAUAGGGGAAAAAACCCCAAUGUGUGUUUAUAUGCAGAUCUAGUACUGGUAUUUUGAAUGUAGUUGAAUUUCUUUGUAUAAGUAUAUUGUAGGUCAUCAAUUCCUAUAUCUGGACGCAUUUGGACAUUAUGUUGUAUUAUAAAGUACUGCAUGUGAGGUGUGUGCAAAUCUAGUUGUGUGGAAUUAUGAGAUACAUAUUUAAAAUAAUGAAUCUCCCUCUGUAUGCAUCUCUUUCCUAUUCUUUCUGAUUGUUCUCUCUCUUUUUCAUUGAUCCCCAUUUUCUCUAAAAUGUGGCUACAUUUUCAUGGUAGUUUCAGUCCUAUUAUGAUCAGAUUUAGAGAACUUUUAUACCUAUGACUGACACAAACACAAGGUUCAUUAUUUGAUUUUUCAUCCAUGAAAUAUUAAUGAUUUACUUUUUUGAUAAUGUGGAACUAAAUUGGUAUGAGCUAUGGCAAUUUCAAUGAGUACACCAUUUAUUCAAAUAGUUAGUGAUAAAAUUCUCUGGCUAUGUCUUUUAACAUGAUAAAUCCACCCCCUGCCUCCUUUUUAUUUUUUAGAACAUUUCUUUAAAAAUUGCUAAAUACUUGGUCUUGACAGGAAACACGUGGUAAGAAAGGAUGGACCCGAAAAAUGGAAGUUCUUUCACUGGCUUUAUCCUGCUGGGUUUCUCUGACCGGCCUCAGCUGGAGCGAGUCCUCUUUGUGGUUCUUCUGAUCUUCUAUCUGCUCACCCUGCUGGGAAACACAACCAUCAUUGUGUUGUCCCGCCUGGACCCACACUUGCAGACUCCCAUGUACUUUUUCCUGUCCAACCUAAGCUUUCUGGACCUGUGUUACACGACCAGCACUGUUCCUCAGCUGCUGGUUCAUCUCAGGGGAGCAGACAAGUCUAUCUCCUUUGCUGGCUGUGUAGCUCAGCUGUUUGUCUCUCUAGGGUUGGGAUGCACAGAAUGCAUUCUGUUAGGGGUGAUGGCAUUUGACCGCUACGCAGCCGUCUGCAGGCCCCUGCACUACACAGUGAUCAUGCACCCCCGUCUCUGUGCCCUGAUGGCUUCUGCAUCGUGGUUCACUGGUUUUGCCAACUCCUCAUUGGAGACAGUGCUCAUUUUUCUCAUACCACUUUGUGGGAGAAAUAAAAUAGAGCACUUCUUUUGUGAGGUUCCCCCAUUGCUCAAGCUUGCCUGUGUUGACACCACUGUGUAUGAGUCUGAGAUCUUAUUUUUCAGUAUGAUCUUUCUUUUCAUACCUGUGGCAUUAAUCACAUUCUCCUAUGGUCGGAUAGUCAGGGCAGUGUUAAGAAUAAAGUCAGCCGCAGGACAGAGGAAAGUGUUUGGGACAUGUGGGUCCCACCUCACCGUGGUCUCCCUGUUCUAUGGCACGGCCAUCUAUGCUUACCUGCAGCCCAGCAACAACCAUUCCCAGGAUCAGGGCAAGUUCAUUUCUCUCUUCUACACCAUCGUCACCCCCAUGGUCAACCCUGUCAUAUAUACCUUGCGGAACAAGGAUGUGAUGAGCGCAGUGGAGAAGGUGUUCCAUCGGGGCUCCAUAUGACUGGGGGGAAGAGCCUUUGAUGGAGGCUCAAAUGUCAGAGGCUUUAAGAUUUUGUGUCCUUCAUGUGUUGUCCAACAUUCUCGUGAUGACCCUCAAGGGAAUUUCCUUACCUCGUUCAUUUUUUUAAAGUAACAUUUUAUUUUUUAAAAAAACUUUAAAAAAAAAAGUUUGUUUAUUGAGAGAGAGCAAGAGUAAGAGGGACAGAGAGGGUGAGAGAGAGAGAGAAUCAGCAGAGAGAGACAGAAACAAUUCCAAGAAGGCGCUGCACUGUUAGCAGUAAACCUGAUGCAGGGCUCAAACUCACGAAGUAUGAGGUCAUGAUCAGAGCCAAAAUCAAGUGUUGGAUGCUGAACCAAUUGAGCUAACCCAGUUCUCCCCCUAUACCUCAUUCUUUUAUGCAAUGAAUGUUCCAAGCUCGUGGAUUCAUUGCAAACUCCGGAGACGCUGGUUUAGUGUCCCAGUGCAUCUCCAUCAUAUUAAUAUUUAAAAAAUCCUUUUCUUAUUUCAUCCUCUUUUGGGAGUACCAUUCUAAUUGCAAAAAGACAUUUAUGUACAUAUGAUAAAGGUGUGCACAAAAUAAGAAUAGGAACCACAAAAACAGUGUAAGAAAUAUUAACAUUUUAGCACUUUCUAGCAAUUUCCGGAGGCAUAUCACUUAUUCUUGCAUUUGAUCAUGGCUCUGUUAGAAGGUCUGUAAGUUGACUGUGUCACAGCUUCUUCACAGAAUUGGUGGGCAACCAUGGGAUAGAUGAAAUUUAGCUCAGAGGAAAUCCUGGGAACACCAAUCCUGACACAGUCAUUCAGAUAUUAGGCCCCAGUGUGACCGUACCUGUGUGACAGUAAUUUUAUGUAGCCUUCCUGUCACAGGGGGCGAUGGCAUGAUGAACUCAUCCCAGGGACAAUGGAAGCAUCAGGUAGCAAUACAGCAGGCGGUGCUUAUGUGUAAUGUGCGUAAUGUUGUGCGAUGUGAGGUGUGCACCUCGCUUGAAUUUAUGAUGAGCCACCUCAUUCAUUAAAAAUGACUUUUGAGUGGGCACCUGAGUGGCUCAGUCGGUCGGGUGUCUGACUUCAGCUCAGGUCAUUAUCUCAUGGUUCGUGGGUUCAAGCCCUGCGU